AUGAUUGUUCCAGGUAAAUAUAAGUUUAACACUACACAAUAUCUUGAAUCUUAUGAAAAAAUGUUAUUAUUGAGAAGAUUUGAAGAAAAAUGUGGUCAAUUGUACGGUAUGGGGUUAAUAGGAGGAUUUUGCCACUUAUAUAUUGGGCAAGAAGCAGUUAUAACUAGCAUAGAUUUACUAAAACAAACUGGUGAUAGUACAAUUACUAGCUAUAGAGAUCAUGCGCAUAUUACCGUGGCCGGUACUGACCCAAAAUAUGUAUUAGCAGAGUUAAUGGGUAAAGCAACAGGUUGCUCUAAAGGUAAAGGGGGCUCAAUGCAUAUGUUUGACCUUGACAAUAAAUUUUAUGGAGGGCAUGGUAUUGUAGGAGCACAAGUUCCUAUAGGUACAGGGUUAGCCUUUGCCGAAAAAUAUCAAAAUACUAACAACAUUUGUUUCACUUUUUUAGGAGAUGGAGCAGUUAACCAAGGGCAAGUAUACGAGGCGUUUAAUAUUGCAGCAUUAUGGCAAUUACCUGUCGUAUAUAUUAUUGAAAACAACCAAUAUUCUAUGGGCACAUCAGUUGCUAGAUCUACUUUUAUCACAGAUCUGUAUAAAAAAGGUGAAUCCUUUGGUAUUAAGGGAUAUACAGCAGAUGGUAUGUCAUUGGAAUCAAUGUAUGAUUAUUCACAACAAGCUGCCGAAUUUGUGCGAAGCGGCGGAGGUCCGAUAAUAUUAGAAGUGAAUACUUAUCGUUAUAGAGGUCACUCAAUGUCUGACCCUGCUAAAUACCGUAGUAAAGAAGAAGUAGAAAAUUACAAAGAACAGGAUCCUUUAUUGCGAGUAAAAAAUACUAUUCUACUCAAUAAUUACGCAAGUGAAGAAAAAGUAAAAGAAAUUGAGAAAAAGGUAAAAGAUAUAGUGGCAGGUGCCGUAGAGUUUUCAGAAAGCUCCCCACUACCUGAUCCGAAAGAACUGUAUACUAAUAUUUAUGUUGAUGGGUAA